UACAUCCCGCUGAGCGCACAUCUCCUCUCAAUAUGACCGGCAACUGUUGCUCUAAAAAUGUUUCUCCCUCCCUUAGGUGCUGCUGCCCACCUCGGGAACCUGCUGUGGCUCUUCCUGCUCCAGCUGCCUGGUCUACACCACUACCAGAUGAUUCUCCCAGCACCUGCCAGCUGGACUCUUCUCUGCAUGGUGGCUGCCAGGAGACCUGCAUUGAGCCCACCAGCUGCCAGAUGCCCUGCUAUUACUUUAGGAGCUCCACACCCUGCAGUCCCUGCCAGGGGACAUAUGCUGGCUCUCUGGGCUUUGGGUCCAGCAGCUAUCAUCCCCUAGGCUAUGGAUCUAGAAGCUUUUUCCCAGGGAUCUGUGGAUUCAGUGGCUUCAGAUCCCUGAAUUAUGAAGUCCCUGUUUUCCCUCCUCUGACUUGUACAUCCACACUCUGCUACCCAACCUACAUGCUUUUCAAUAGCAACCAACCUUCAUUCUGUGUUCCAACAUGUGGACCACGUCUCUCUGAAAUCAGCUGUUAACUACCUACAUUCUACAGUAUCGAAGUCGGUGUCUCUACACCCUAUACUCUUGCUUUCUUGCUUUUCACUUACAGCUAUCCUCUUUCUUCUAAUAAGAACAUCUCAACUUCUGGUGGAACCUGGGAGGAGGGUAAAAUCACAAAUUACGGAAUUCUGACAGUAAUGCUGACAUAUGUAUGUGCUCUUUGGUUGUUAUCCAACAGCAGAUGAUGACCAAAAAUUUAUCCUAAUAAACUUGUGCAACCUGA